AUGAGUGACCUUUGCAACGGUUUUGAACCACAGAACUAUCUCAGAGAGCGGUGUAAGAAAUGCUUUCGUCCAAAGGAUAAACAUGUCGAGGAAGCUACUGUUACCUUGUCUACACUGAAGAAAGAACGACGGAGAAGUUGGAAAGCUGCCAGUAAUCUAGAUAAUGGUGGACCUGAUGAUGUUUUUGAUUCUAGAAAGGUAGAUAUGGGUAAUCAAAUCACGUGUGCUCCAGCAGAUGACCACGACAAUAAUUCUAUACACUCGUACUUUUCUGUCACGUCUACAAACGGAAAUCUGACGGAUAGAUCAUGCCGUGCUAUUGAGAAUGGGAAUGGGAAAACUGUAAAGAUUUAUGACACAGAAGCGCUAUCCGUAUCUUCCUACCUAUCCGCCACAUCAAAAGGAAUGUCAUCAACUAAAUCAUGCGAAAGUGUAAACGACACUAAAAGCAUGGUGACGGCGUUCAGUGGUAGCAUUUGUGAAGAAGAACGGGCCAUUACACCAACAGAAAACGAGACAGAGUACAUCCAGACUCUAAAAGAAGAAAUUUCUCAGCUGCGCGAUAUCAAUCACAGUUUGAAGGAGGAAAAAGCGCAGUGGGCUCUGCGACAACGUCUGCAAAACGCUGAACAAAGCGAGUCAUCUCUGAUCAACAUGCUCGAGGAAAGACUGAAUCAGGCUGAAAAUCAGAUUCAGGACUAUCGAGAUGAAAACACUGUGCUGAAGUGUGAACUCAGAGAACUUCAGGAGACCACGUUCGCAACAUCAGACGAAAAGCUGCGUGAGAAAAUCAGGACGACUGAAGGCCUAUGUGACGAAUUGAUGGAAGAGAAUGAGCAGCUGAAGGCAGAAGUGAAGGAUUUGCAGCAGGAAAUUGAAGAGAUGCAGGACCAAUAUCGUGAAGAAGAGAUUGAAGAAUUCCGAGAACUUCAGAGAGAACUUGAACUAAAUGCCAAAAACUGCAGAGUCCUUCAAUUCAAGCUCCGUAAAACUGAACGUUGUAGGGACCAAGCGGAAGCGGAAAAGAUGCACUCUGAGAAGAAGUUGGAUGAGUAUAUGAACAGUUGCCCUGAAGCAGUAGCAGCUUCCAUCAAGUCAGAUAGUGCGAAAGUGAAGGAGUUGGAGUAUGAGAUUCGGGUCGCCAAAGAAGUAUCAGUCAGACUGCAUAAUGAGCUUGAGCAGACAGAAGAAAAACGGUGCAAACUGGAAGAUGAGGUGUUCUACUUGAAAGAGAAAGUUCGGGAGAUCCAGACGCAGAAUAAGUGGAGAGAAGCUAGAAAUAAAACUGAUAGUGCGGUGAAACGCCUGUCCGCUGAAAUUGCUGCCAGUGUGCCAAAUAUUCCAGAGAACGAGAUGUCUAAGGAGCUGCGAGAUGCUCUUGAAAGAGAAAUUGAUCUACGCGAGCAAAUGAGAUUCUCAGAAGAGGAUUUGAAGAGGACACAGAUUCGCUUACAGGAUAUUGAAAACGAGAACGAGGAGCUGCUCAAAAAGUUGUCGAAAUCAAACAAGUUGCGUCCGCCAAUGAUUCGAUCGGCUAGCGAUGGAAAUGCUCAUUUGCAAUUGGAGCUUGCCGAGAGUCAAGUGCAACAUUUGAAUACCAAAAUCGAAAGAUUGGAAAAGACCAACGAUCACUUGAACAAGAAAAUCGUCGAAUUGGAGACAGACUGCAAGCGUGGCGGCGUGACCUUAGCCCAUUCCAAAGCUGGCGAAUUCAAAUUAACACCCGAAAUGGAAAAGGAUAUGUCAAAAAUGAUCGGGACAAUCAGCGAGCUUGAACGUAAAAAUCUUGAGCUCACAACUCAGGUCAAACAGUUGGAGAGCAAAACGACACCAAAGCCUAAUUUUGUUGUUCCAUCUGGCACGACAACGACCGAGUUGCGAAAAGAGCAAGAAAAACGAAAAGCGUUAGAAGCACAAGUAAACGAGUUGAAAACUACAGUAUUCAAAUCCGAUAAUCAGAAAGUUAUCUCCCUUGCCACCAAGAUUGAACAGCUAAAUGGUCAGCUGCAAAUGGUGAACGAGAGAUGUAACACACUUCACAAAAAACAAGUCAAAGACGGGGAGAUCCAAUAUUCGGAUGAGUUGAAGCGAAGAAUCGAAGAUCUCGAGAAACAGUUGAGUGAGAAAUUGGCAACCGAUGCAGUCAGUGAACUACAAGGAAAGGUUCCAACUAUUGAUGAGAUAGAGCAGUGUUGUGAGGUCUUAGCUGCAGUUGAAACGCAAACUGGAAGGUUGUGCAAGCAGUUUGAAAAAAUUGAUCAUGCUCAGAAGGAUGAACGACGUCGCUCUCUUUCUAAAGACAGUGGCGCUGCCAUCAUUGCUGAACUUGCCAAUGUUAUGCAGGAAAUGAAACACGUCCACCAGAAACUUGACAACAUGAAAAACGUUACUCCAAACUCUGGAUUGUCGGUAAAACGUGUUCCCAGCAAGGAGAACCUUCUCGAAGCGAAAUGCUCGAAAUGUGACCAGCUACAAGCAACAAUCGAUGAGCAGACAAAUGAGAUCUCAUUUUACAAAAAGAAAAACAAAGAUUUGACAAAUCAAGUACUUCAAACAGAAGAUCGUUGGACAAUUGAGAUUGAGAAACAACGUCAGAUAUUUGAAAAGGAGAUCAAGACACUUGGUAUCAGAAUAGCAGACGCGAAAAGGCAAAAUGAUGAGCUCUCUGAGUUGCUGGAGUCGAAAUCCACUACUUUGAUUGAGAAAACUCGGUCCUUGGAGGAACAAGAGGAGAGAAACAAGAGACUCAAAUCAGAGACUGACUUGUUGAAGAAAGAUAUGCAGGAAAUGGAAACUGAUAAAAAGACUGUGAAAGAGUUUGAGAUCAAAUACAAAAAAUUGGAGAGUAUCUUUGAAACUGAACGGGAGAAAAUGAAUGGUGAAAGAAAUCGAUCGAAGAAUGAACUAGCUGCUAUGAAGAAAAUGAAAGAUGAUGCUGAAGAGCAACUUAAAAAACUCACAGAAGACCAAAAGAAGAACGAGGCAUCUUGGAAGAGUGAAAAAUCAAAGCUCGAGAAGGAAAUCGUCAUGUUGAAGAAGCAACUUCCAGAUGAGCAUGAAAUGAAAGAGUCGACAUCAACUCCGAAUAACUCAUUUGCCGGGGAGUCCUCCCCACUCCGUCGCCAAGACAGUGAGAAAAUGUUAGUGUUGGAACUCAAAAAACAAGUUUCAAUACUGGAAAAGAGAACUGCUGAUGCUAACUCUUCUCUAGAAGACGUGCGCAUUCAGAAUGCAGAACUGAAAGAUCAACUCUCCAAGGUUCAAACAAGUUGGGAUAAGGAUAAGGAAGCAUUCCAACACAAGACACGAAAAAGUGAAAAGUUGCGAACAGUAGAGAUUGAUGCCAUGCAACAGAAGUUUAGUAGCAGAAUGAGAAUUAUGGAAGACACUAAUAAGGCUCUACACUCACAGCUCGUACUUGCCCGCCGUGAACGAGAUACCAAUAAAGACGCUCUUGCCAAUUAUGAAAAACAGGUGGCGGAUGAAAGGAAUAAUUUGAAAGUGAAAGAAAAGACUGCAAGUGAAUCGACAGAGAAAGUGAAGGAACUUCAAAACCGACUAACGGCUAAAGAAGAAGAAUUAGAACGCUUGAACACUGACUUACGGUUAACAAAAGAAGCACGUAAAGCGGAUCAAAUACUAUGGAAUAUUGAUAGAGCUAGAGGUCGGAAUGAGAAAAUAGACAAUACUGACUCGGUAGAAACUAUUCGAAAACAAUAUCGAGAUUGUGAAACGUUCUACUCGAAAGAGAUGGAUCGUUUGAACGACAAGAUUACUGAAAUUACUGCGGAGAAGAAUAGGCAGAAAAAUGAGGCACAGAAGACUAUCAGAGUGCUAGGUGAACAGAUACGAGUGCUGGAAAUCGAACAGAAGAACCUGUCGCAAAAUAAGGACAGUCAGCAAGUGGUGAAGGAAAUGAUUGAAUCUGAGAGAGAACGACUUCAACAAAUUGUUCAUCUCAACGAACUGCAAAAGCUUACUCGAAAGUACCGAUUGAGCAGUAUCAUUGACCAACUUGCAUAUGUUAGUGAGGCAACUCGCAAGACAUCGCGUGAAAACGAACCGGAUGGAAUACGGUACAUCAUCAACCAGCUAACCGUUUUGAGAGACGACGAAGCAGCCAACAAUUUGAAUCCAGAUGAGAGAGCAGGAUCUGUGCUCGGUGAAAAGGCUUCAAAUGGGUAUGCACCGUCAAUCUCAGAAUGUGGAGAGGGAACAUAUGAUAAUAUCAGUCAAUCUUCAUUCUCGAUUCGAUCUGUUAAUAGUGCACCAUUGAGGCAUGCCUAUAGACACGCUAACCUUCCUAUUCCAACUACCACCGCUUCUGUUUCCCACACAAUCAGUGAGACAGAACCGUAUUAUAGUAAACCGGAGAAAUUGAACAUCGUCAGCAGUUACACCACAAAGCGAUCAUUCAGCACUGAGAGCUCAAGCGGAUUUGAUAAGUACGGUCGUCCGUCAAGACGAGGUCUAUUCUAUGAACCAUCAUCUAGUAAUAAUCUUAAUGUACCGGGUAGAAAAACGUCCAACGAAGAGUACUCCAUGAGUCGAGCUGCUUCAUUUGACAACCGCAGCCAAUAUAGUGAAGACGAAGUGACUGAAGAUGGAAGAGGGCCUCGGCCGAAUAGCACUGGAGCUAAUAUUCUUUAUCGUGUAAGACGAGAAGAACUAGCUCGUGGUGGUCAACCGUCUGUCAAACUGAUGGCAAAGGCAUUUGAAGCAAUUGAUGAGCCUAGAACUGAUAAAAGAGGAUUCUUUGGUAUCCGGAAGUCGAGAUCAGUGGAGACCACCCAGAAUGGAAAAACCAGUAAAUUUGAGGAAGCAGCUAACACAGCGUUGAUGCAUAGUUUAGGUCAAGUUGAAGAAGGUGUCAGCAGUAAUUAUGCAACAUUACCUAGAGGUGGUCGAAACCCAUUCAAAAACAUGGGAUCUCGUCUCGUGGAGCGUGUGCGCAGAAGUUUGUCAAGAUCUAGCAGGCAGUCUCGAGACUCUGAUAGAGAAGACGAGAUUGAAGUUCAGGUUUACAAAAAGCCCGAGAAACCAAUUUCGUCUCCAAAGAAGACCAAAAAGAAGUCAGCCGAAUCGAAAGCUCGCAAAAAUUCCAGCAACAUCUUGUCGUAA